CGCAGCCUUCUUCUUUGCCUACUUAACGACUCCAACACUAGCAACAACGAGCACGACGAUAGAGCCCUAAUGUUUAUGAACUCUUCACCGGUUGUGGACGCGUUCGGGAAAGCAGACUUGAAUGCAGUCAUCUCGAAACUGAGUACAGCGGAGAAGAUCAGUCUUCUCGCGGGCCCGGAUUGGUGGACGACGACACUCAUCGACAGAGUUGGCGUUCCGCGCAUCAAGUGCUCGGAUGGACCGAAUGGUGUUCGUGGCAGUUCUCACUUCUUGCCGACACCGGCAGCUACUAUUCCUUGCGCGACUGCCCUCGCAGCUACGUAUGACACAGAUCUCAUCGCUAAGGUUGGUGGUCUGCUGGCCGAGGAAUGUGAGGCAAAAGGAAGCUCGCUUUUGCUUGCCCCCACCUGCAAUAUCCAGCGGAACCCUCUGAAUGGACGGGCUUUUGAGAGCUUCUCUGAGGACCCAUUCUUGUCUGGAAUGAUGUCGAGCGCCGUUAUACAUGGCCUUCAAGACGGUGGUGUAGGCGCCACAAUCAAACAUUUCGUCGGGAACGAUAUGGAGGAUGAGAGAUUUAGCGUAAAUGUUGUAAUUCCAGAUCGAGCUCUGAGGGAAAUCUACUUAAUGCCAUUUCACCUUGCGCAAAAGCUCGCCAAACCCUGGGCAUUCAUGACUUCUUACUCUAAGCUGAACGGAACCCAUUGCUCAGAGCACGAGUGGUUGUUGAAGGAUCUGCUUCGUGGAGAAUGGGGAUUUGAUGGCCUGGUCAUGUCUGAUUGGAGCGGGACGUACUCGACCGAUCUGGCCAUUAAUGCUGGACUGGAUCUGGAGAUGCCUGGCCCCACACGAUGGAGAGCAAACCUAGUCACACACCUCAUGCACGCUGGCAAAAUAACGCUUUCCUCCUUAAACGACCGCGUUUACGCGGUCCUGAAGACCAUUCAAAGAUCUAUAUUAGCCUCACCUUCCAUAGUUUCGUCGAAUCACGAGCCUGAACGCACCCUCUCCUCGCCCACCAACAAUGCGCUAAAUCGUCUCACCGCAGCCUCCGCCGUAGUCCUCCUCAAGAACACAGCCAAAAUCCUGCCCCUAUCGCUGUCCUCCUCUCUUAAGAGCAUUGCUGUAAUUGGACCGAACGCCAAGACGAGAACGGUCAGCGGUGGCGGGUCGGCAUUCUUGACCAGUGCCUAUGUCAUAACGCCGCUCGAGGGUAUUCAGAACGCUGUGAAAGAGGCGGGCGACGAAGUCGAAAUCAGCUAUGCCACAGGAUGCUCCGGAUAUCGCUACUUGCCUAUGCUCGAUGGAUGGAUCACGACUGCGGACGGAGAGUCUGGUUGGACAGCGGAGUUCUACAACGAACCGCUUGACUCGGGGGCAUCUCCGAUCGCCACACACGUCCUGCUCUCCACCCGUCUGCGUAUCAACGACGAAAAACCUGAAGGUUUAGCUGAACACUUCUAUAUCGCCAUCACCGGCUACAUCGUCGCUGAAGAGAGCGGACCUUUCGAGCUUGGCGUCUCGCUCGUUGGUCGCGGGAGGGUGUUUGUCGAUGGGAAACUUGUUGUCGAUAAUGGUAUUGAUAACAAGCAGACUCCUGGACCUAGUUUCUAUGGUCUCGGUACAAUCGAGGAGGUUGGCGAGGUCCAAUUUGUUAAGGGACAAAAGUAUGAGGUCAAGGUGGAAUAUACGAAUGUUCCGCUUCCUCUGUCCAGUGAAGAGGAAGGCGAAGUGAAGCAACCACCGCUCAUGAUGGCCGCGUUGCGUGUCGGUGCCGCGCCAAAGAUCGCUCCUGAACAAGCUAUCGUCGACGCUGUAGAACUCGCGAAGUCGAAGGAUGCUGUCAUUGUCGUCAUCGGCACCAAUAUGGACUGGGAAGCGGAAGCCUCAGACAGAGAAGGUCUUGGCCUGCCCGGCCGUACUGACGAGCUUGUGGAGAAGAUUCUGGCGGUCAGGCCGGAUGCUAUCAUUGUCAACCAGUCUGGAUCGUCGGUUGCAUUCCCCUGGGUUGAGAAGGCUACAACUUUGUGCCAGUCGUGGUUCGGUGGAAACGAGACCGGAAAUGGUAUUGCGGAUGUGAUAUUUGGGAAGGUAAAUCCUUCGGCGAGGAUGCCCCUGACGUUCCCAAAGAAUAUCGAAGAUUGCACCGCACACCUCAAUUGGGGCGCCGAGAACGGUAAAGUCACAUACGGAGAAGGAAUCUUCGUCGGGUACAGAGGAUACGAAGAAACUAAACGCGAACCGAUCUUCCACUUCGGUGCCGGCGAAUCCUAUACCACUUUCGAAUGGACUCCCAUCACCGCCACCCUCUCCUCUGACAUAUCCUCGGCAGAGACCAUCCUCGCCACCGUCCGUCUCACCGUAACAAACACAGGUCACCUCCCCGGCUCCGAAGUCGUUCAACUCUACGUCUCCGACCCUCACUCGACCCUUCGUCGCCCAAAGAAAGAACUCAAAGGCUUCAAGAAGGUUGGUCCUCUUCAACCCGGGGAGUCCAAGGAAGUGGAGAUUGUACUGGACAAGAUGGCGUUCUCGUAUUGGGACGACGUGAAGGAUUCUUGGGUGGCGGAGAAGGGAGAGUUUGUCGUUAAGGCUUGUGGGAGCGCGGAUGAGAGGAGUGUGAGGAGUAAGGCAAGUUUGUCGCUUGAGAAGACAUAUUUGUGGAGGGGGCUUUAGGUUUCGGCGUCGGGCGGAAUGGG